GCUCGAUAAUUUAACUCCAAAGAUACUAAAACAUCAUCACUUCAUUCAAAAACGACAGUCUAAAGGUUCUAGUAACCCCCCAAAACUUAAAUAGCAUGCCUGCCGCAGCAAAAAAUUCGACUCUCCUUCAACCAAAAGGUCUGAUCGACGAUAAAGGCGACUAUGCCUUGAAUCAGACAGAUAUCUCGAACCUGCUCAAGUAUAUCUGGACUGGUGCGCUACUUGCCACGACGAAAGAAGAGUAUCUGCUCCACACAGGUAUCAAUGCAACUGAGUAUGACCAUCUCAAAGAAUAUGUCGACCCUCUUUUAGUGGUUUACACUGCUUGUAAAGGGCAUUGUGUGACCUUCAAGGAUGUCACAUACCGAAAGGUUGUAGAUUUGUCCAAUGCUGUGUAUAACUUUGCCGGGAAAGCAGGCGGCAAAAGUACCGGUUCAUACUAUGCGAAUAUCAUCUCCAAUACAUUAAUUGUUUUUGGGGAGUUGGAAAAGGAUUACGAUGAACAAGACCAAGCACUCAUCAAGAAAUCACAGGGUAUAGUCGAUGCUUUGGUUAAGGCGCAACUUAAAUCCAUUACUAAGCUAAAAGAUGACGCCAACAAGGUGACGCAAGAUCUUAGAGAUUUUGAGACCCUGGCUAAAGCCGAUCAGCUGGCUCUUGCAUCUAGGAAUAAGAUAAUCAAAGACAAACUGACCGGCGAAGGUGGGGAUAUACAGAGGCUUCAGGAUGACAUCAAGACCAAGACAAAGGAGAUCUCCGAUGACCAGGAUGAGUACGAGCAAGAUGUCACCAUUGCUGCAACUUCAGUCACAUACGCUUGGGCAGUUCCAGUUGGGCCGAUCAUAGCAGCUGUCAUUAUCGGCGUUUAUACCGAUAGGGCCAUCAAAAUGAAAGCAAAAAUAGAUGCUCUCAGAGACCUUCUUACGGACGACCAGGAUCAAUUAAGGGCAGACAGGCAGCUAGUGGCGGAUUUGACCUUAAUACAGACCGACUUGCAAAACGUAAUAAAUCAGAUUGGCCCGGCUAUCACCACUAUCCAGAAAAUGAUAGGAACUUGGGACGCCAUCGCUGACGACCUCGAAAGUAUCAAUGAAGCCGUGCAUGAUGACUCCCCGGACGUCAUGCCAGACGUACAAGAUAUCAUACAGGAGUCCAUCCUCUCACAAUGGAAUGAUCUUAAGGUGUCGGUGGACAACUACCGUAAAUCCGCUUAUAUUAGUAGCGCCCCCGAGGAAAUGACACUCGAAGAGUACUCCAGCCUGCUUCAAGCUGCAAUUGACAAGUGAAGGAUUUUGGUGGGAUAUUUAUUGUCUAGGUUCUCCUUCCGUUUGAUGCGCGCAUCUCUCCAGCUUACUCACGCUCAUUUGUUUCCUCUUUGUUCAUUUCUGUUGCUGAAUAUGCUUGGGGGACGUUUGUAAGGUGGUAUCUCAUUGAUUCUGUUGUGGAAUUAUAGUCGCGGAGGUACAGGAGGUUAAGCCUCGCGCAGCCGCUAGCGCUGACACGUGAAUGGUCACAUGAGAACCACAUACCUACAAUUACUCUAUUGCAAAGUAUCUUAUUAUACAACAGGUUAUAUACUGCCUAUUGCCAAUUGAUAACUAAACUCUUA